UGACAGCAAAUAUUUAACUAUUGUAGCGUGUGUAGUUAAAUUUAUAUAAAUACUGGCAAUAAUUUAAUAAAACGUCAAAAGUAAUUUAUUUAUUAAUAUGGCGUUUGUGCUUUGUGUUGUUAGUGCGAUAACUGUCACGGUCGGCUAAUAACAUGAAGGUUAGCCGUUGAAGUUGCUCUGAAUAUAAUCGUAGAAAGUUAGUUUUUACAUAGUAGGUACAUGGUGCUUCAAAAGUCACAAAAUGUCCUUCGAGGAGGGCCCGCUGUACUACAGGGAGAUACAAAAGAAUGCAUACCUCAAAAGGGUACCCAAUGAAACUACGGGCAGUAAACUUUUGCAGCUCGGUCAGAAGAAAGUGUCACUGAAGCCGAUGUGGACACUGUUCUGUAUCCACAACGGGCGCACGCCGUACCUGGAGCAGUACACGGCGGCCGCGUGCCCGCACACGCUGGCGCACCGGCCCGUGUGGGCCGCGUGUCUGCGUCGCGCGCGCCACGUCACAGCCUCCGCCUCCGCCGAGUGCGACUUCCGCGUGCACACUGACACUGAGGCGGUCACCAUGCGGGCCAGCGAUUGGGAGACAAUGCAGGAUUGGGUGACAACCUUACGAACGAAGCUGCAGGAACUGAAAAUAUUGUCCUCGGGCGAGAACGUGUACUGUUCAGCGCCCGCGGCGCCGCUGCCCCGCGCGCCCGCACGCGACCCCACCAGCCCGCUGCCGCCCACCCCUCCGGUCCCGCCAGAUAGAGUGCCAGGCAUAGAACUGAUACCGCCCCGCCCCCCACCAGAGGAGCAGAACCCCCCGGAUCAACCACAACCACCACAACCCGUGGACAUCUCCAACUGGGAGGAGGACCCCCAGCCCAGUACGAGUACCACAACAGAACAACCACAAAGUGUUGCAAAGAUCUGCGGGCAGAAUAUAUGUCUCGAUGACUCCAUAUUGAGGAGAAGGGACACCGAGGAUUUCUUCGACGAUGAUGAGGAAAGUGAGGAAUACAAGCAGACGGUGAAGGUUAAAGAAGCGAAUGAGGAUAUAGCUACGUGUGAAAAAGAACCGCAAGCAACUAACAUCACUGUGAUCCAAGUAUCGAAUAAAAAUCCACCUCACACAGCGAUCCCUGUGCUUGGACCAGAAACAGAUGUCUUCACCUUUGAUUUCAACGAGAAAGUCAACUUGACAGUCAACGAUAACGUAACGAUCCAACCGGACAACAGUUUUGUUAACAUUGUUAACACCGAAGACCGAUAUGGUGCUAUUUUCAACGAUGGAGACUACGGACAUUUGAGUCUGACUACAACUGUUAAUCUAACCGACGAUUCCACAGUCAAUUUAACGAACAAUUCAACGGUUAAACUAACCAACGAUCCAAACAAUAUUGACACAAAUCAAAGCGAAGAAACAAAAUCUCAAGAAGGUGUAUACGAAAGAUUAUGUAUGGCAUCAACUUCGAACGAAAACGUUGUGUCUCGAUUAAAACAUGCGGAGAAAGUUAGGAAAUCUUCUUUACCAAAUUUGGACACAGCGAACGAAUCUACAUACGAAUAUUUAUAUCCUAAUAAUAAUGUCACUACAAAUAGACAUGAGGAAAUUGUCAACAGUAGAACAACUAAUGGGGAUAGACAAGAUAGAACAGUGAAUGUGGUGUGUUGUAAUAGUGAUGUGCGAGUGCGGACAAAUAUCGAAAGAUCUCAGAGUCAAAACGCGUAUGACAGUGGCGAUAGAGUGAGGGAGAUGCUUAUAAGGCCUAGUAUGAGUCCAAAAAGGGAUGGCAAUAAAACUGACAAAUCGGAUUCAUCACCAGCCAAGCCGAUAUGGAAGCGAGGCCUGACAGAGUUUUCACUGUUGACAAAAUUAAGAAUAGGCGGCAGGAGACACGACAGCCCCACAAGACAGGAACCGACAACGGAUAGUUCCCGCGCCAUUACAUCCCCGGAGAAGGUGGUUCGCAGAUCACGACCUGAAGGAAGAAUUGACGGCGCCAGGAGAAGAAGUAGCUCUCUGAAUAACGGUGAAAUGUCACCAGUCCCCCUCCCGCCGCCGCCGCCGCCGCCGCCGCCGCCGCAGCUGCAGCCGCUGCGCGCGCGGCAGGCGGCGGCGCUGCGCGCGGAGCAGCGACGCGGCUCCGCUGUCGCCGCUUCCGUCUCCGUCCGGGAUCCGCCCGCGUUCGUCGACUAUGAACAUCAAGUAUGGAUAUGUUGUUGGGGUAACGCGGGGCGGAGUGUAUGCGGCAGGGCGGGGGACCGCGUGGCGGCUGUGGGCAGGUUGACACCGAGGAGCGCCCAGCACGCGGCACUCUUGUUGAAACAGGACCGCACUCUGAGGGUGGACAUAUUGUUCCAUCGGGUGCCGUUGGGGAAAAUAUAUGUUAUAAAUAGGAGGGAUAACGAAAAUAUAGGCAUAAAGCUGGACGGCGAGUGUAACAUAGUGCGGGUGAGCCGCGGGUCCCCGGGCUGGGCCGCGGGCGUGCGCGCGGGCCGCGGCGCCGUCACGGAGGUCAACAACCGCCCGCUCAACUUGCUCAAGGGCGGCGAGGAGGAGAUGCAUCGGCUCAGUAUGCACGGAAGCGAAGUUUCCAUUCUGAUACAGCCGUCAACUCUAGUCAAGAAAAUACGAUCAGCUCUCAAAGCUAACAAGUUUCAUAUACGGUAAAUUUAUCCCACUUACAUUAUAAACACGAAAGUGUAUGUUUGUACUCUUUCACGCAAAAUCUACUGGACCGAUUGUUAUGAAAUUUGGUACGCGGGUGGAAUAUAACUUGGAAUAACAGUACAGUUCUUUUUAUCCCGUAACUCUCACAGGAGCGCGAAGCCCCGUGGCGCAGUUAGUAAUAUUAUAAACUAGUGGCCGUUCCCGACUUCGCUCGGGUAAAAACAUAAUAAAUUAUACGGCUAAACCUUCCUCAGGAACCACACUAUCUAUUGGUGAAAACCGCAUGGAAAUCCGUGCAGUAGUUUUUGAGCGGUUAUCCACAGUUUACAGAAUCACUCUCUUCAUCGAAAGCAAGUUGCGUCGAAAACUUUUCUUGGUUUCUCAAAAUCUAGAUAAGUUUGAAUGAAAACAAUCGGUGUAUUCAGUUCUGCUUGACAUCAUUAGGUUAUGUAGAAACAUUUAAUUAACACAUUAGGUUUAAUUAACUUGAGAUAUAAAAAAAAAUUCGGCGAAACGUGCUUUUGAUGAAGAGAGCGAGAGAGUUUGAUGGAGAGAGUGAUUGUGUGAAGUGUGGACACCCUGUUUUUUUUAGUUUAUCGCGAACAGACAGACAGACGCGACAGAGGACUUUGUUUUAUUAUAUGUAAUGUUUCGGGCGCCUAAAUUCCCUCGGGAACAGCUUUUUCUUCGUGGGAUUGGGAUAGUUAGCGCGUUAAAAUACACACAGCGCCAUCUAGUGUUUUUUAUUGCAAAAUCGUAAAAUGUAUAUUUAGCGCCACCUACAAUUGAAUACAGGUUUUUCGCAAAUCCAACGGGAACAAUAGUUUUUUUACAGGUUGAAAGUCACCCCUCAUCCUUCUCCAUACUCUUAAUUACAUAUAUAAAUUUCAAGAAGAUUGGUUGAGUAGAUAACGCGUGAGGAGGUAACAAACAAACAUAUUUUAAUUUUAUUUUCGUAUUUUUAAUAUUGGAAAGUAAGUUUGUUACUUCUUCAAGCUCUAUCUACUCAACCAAUCAGAAAUGUUGUUUGGAGAAGGACAUGCCGGAAAAAUAACUGCCCCCGUGGGCAAUCACGCGGGCGAUGCCGCGGGCAAAAUCUAGCUACCGAUAAUCUUUCUUUUCGUGCGUGUUACUGCUAACAUUGGUGUCAGGUUUUAAUCAAAUGUAUGAUAUUGUAAAUCAUAUAUACAUUACAACACUUAGUAUAUAUAUAUAUUUUUUUUUUUUGGACGGAACAUGGUUUUUGGAUGUGUUGACAUUUUAAAAUAUAGUAAGCAUUAUUGAGUGUAAUGGUGUUGUUAAAUACGCAGCUUUUUAUAUAUAAUACGUAUACACUUUUAUAUUCUUUAUACAAUAUAAAAUAGGAAGAAUUUUAUACAUGGACUAAACUUUUCUGAAUUUCUACAUUUUUUUAAUGGUAUUCGAAGAGUUAAAUUGUGUAACGUAUAUUUUUUUUUUCAUUUGCAACUUAAAUUAUUCUAAUUUUAACCAAUUUCAAAUAACUAGAGGUUCUCAAUUAAUUGAAGCUUAAUAAUUAAUUAAUAAAGCCAAAUUGCUGGCGAAUAAUUUAGUCAGCACCGCUGACUAUUUACAUAAAAUUACUUAUUUAGUCAGCAUUGCCGACCAAAGGUUUUUGUUUAUACACCGAGUGUGUGUUGCUAAAAUAAAUUAUUUUUUAAUAAUAUAGUUCAUAACGUCCACAGCAAAUAUUGCCCCAAUAUUUUGUUAACGUAUUCAAAUCAUAUAUUUACAUAAUAAUAAAUCAAAAUAUUCGCUAAUUUAUAAGGCUUUUUCAUGGAUAUGGGCAUCUGUAAAUUAUUUGGUAUAUUUAUAUGUCCGUACCUCGUAAAAUUGAGAAUUUGCCAACAUAUGCCUAUGUGUUGAGUCCUUAGGAAAAUAUUUCGUGAAAAAAUAUUUACUAUUAAACAAUAUAAACCCAAUUCACUUACUGAUAAUGACGUAGAAUUUUGUUAUGAAUAAUGAAAAAAUCUUGAGUGACGUCUUAGGAAUAUAUUGUGUUCAAAAAGUGACCUUAUUUUACUUGGAUACAACUAAAGCCACAGAAAUGGCUGUCCUCCAUAGUGUCAACGUUUGUAUUAUUAACACUUUUGCUAUGUUAGUUUUAAGCUUCGAACAUGUAAUUUUUUUUUAUAAAUUGUAUGUUUGUUAUAGUCAAAUGUGAAAUAUGUUCUCGAUUUCCUGCUAUAUGGGUGUGAUUUUUUUAUUAUAAAAAACUGAAAACCUAGACUAGACGUAUGAGAUAAAGAUAUUAACCGCUUUGUCUCGUGUAUUUCUAAUACGCGUUUCUCUAUCUUGUAUGAGCGAAACGAAACAUAUGAUGUCUACAGUUUUCUCUGUCUAGCGCUUAUUGUAUUACAAAGAUAUGAGUUAUAAUUACACACAUCCGGGGACAAAUGGCUGUAGGUUUUCAUUGUCAUUUUUUGAUCGUGUAACACCCUACACAUCAUCUACGCUUCCCGUCAGGUUAGAUUGAGAGAUACCGCACUGUGAGAUCUAAUUACUAAUAAAUAAAUAAAUGAAUUUUAUAUUAGAAAGUGACUACCGUAGAGUGAUUUAUAAGUGAACUUUGUAGUAAUAAGCAGCUUUUUAGAUACAUUUACACUAUCGCGUAUACAUAUUAUGCUAAUAACAUAUCAUGUGAUUUUUCUAGUACAUUUUCCAAUUUUAUAAUUAUAUAUAUACAAUAUGUACCAAUUUUUUGUAGAAUUAAAUAUGUAUUUAAAAAAAAACAUUUUGUAUUAAUUUACGAAAAAUAGAACAUAAAAAUUACAAAUGAUUGUCUUUUUUUUACGUAAACGAAAACUUUUGAAAAGCUCAAUUUUAAUUAGAGUACAACUGUUGAAAGGAUUGAUAGCGACGAAAUUUUGAUAAAUUUUUUUAAUGUGUAAAAUUCAGAUAUUGGAUUGUAUAUUUUUCAAAAAAUAUAUUAAAUUGAACAGACCUUAACACAGUACAAGGCAUCGUCGAUUUGUUUUUAAAAGUCACAUUUAAAAUAUUUACGCAUGUAAUUUUAGACCAUGUACAUCUGAAUUAAAUUUUCAAACAAUUAAACAAUAAUAAUUUACAAGGUAACAAAAAUAAUAUGUUAGUGGUUAUAAUUUCGAAUUGAUCUGAUAAAUUAUUAUAUUUUAUUUAUUGGCAAAAUGGUAUUUCAAUUAAAUAAGAAAUGAAGCUAUUUAAAAAUAAACUAAUAUUACAUUCUACGUACCCGAAAAACAUGGGAGUCAUUUUAUUAAAUAGCAAGAAUAAUUGAAAUACAUAUUUAUAUUUUUUGUGAUUUUUAUUUAUUAGUUUUUAUAUUACUGCACAUAUCUCGACAACUUGUGAUUUGAUAUAGGUUAUGAAUAAAUAAAUAAAUAAAUCUUAUAAGACA